ACCCACAAACAACUGUAAAUACAGUCCAGUCGCUCGCUUGCACCGGUAUAAUCUUGUCAUUUUCUGACUUCAGUCCUUCGCUUCAGACAAACCUAAUACCCGUCACCUCGACACAUCUUAAGUAAUAUCUAAUACUUUCAAACCAACAACCUCAGUCAAAAUGCGUACCGCUGCUGUUGCCCUUGCUCUGGCCGGCCUUGCCGCUGCCACUUACGACACCUACCCCGUCAACGGCGGUUACCCCGUCGGCGGUGGCUACCCGGUCGAGUCCAGCUCCAGCUCUGCUGCCUACCCUACCACCACUGAGACUCCCAGCUACCCCGUCGAGACUCCUAGCUACCCUGUUGAGUCUUCCACUGAGGUCUACCCCACGAGCACUCCUUCCAGCUCUGCUCCCGGCUACCCCGUUGAGACUCCCUCGUACCCUGCCGAGACUCCUUCUUACCCUGCUGAGACCCCCAGCUACCCGGCUGAGACUCCCAGCUAUCCUGUUGAGACUCCCUCCACCUACCCGGUUGAGUCCCCCACCAGCUACCCUGCCGGUGGCAACAGCUACCCUACCUACCCGGUCGAGUCCUCAACUUACCCCGUUGAGACUUACCCUGCCGAGACUCCCAGCUACCCCGUCAACACUCCUGCUCCUUACCCUACUCAGAGCUACCCUGUCACUCUGACCACCUCGGUCGGCACCGUCUCCGUCCCUACCCAGGGAUACCCCACUGGCUCCUCCACCCCCAUCCCCACCGCUGGUGCUGGCCGUGUCGUUGCCUCUUUCGGUGUUGUCGGUGCCGCUGUCGCCGCUUUCCUUUUGUAAGCGAUUUCCCUGUCUCCUGGAUUAGGGAUCUCACUCUGCAUGGGAUAUGACGGCGCUACGGCGUGAUGGAGUUACUCCGAAUAUCAAAAGGUCUAAAUGUCGUCCUCCGGCGAUAUGGGGUGGAGAUAUAUAUAAAGUUGGUUUGAAUGUAUUCUAAUUCUUGAGUCGUCGAUCAUGAGCUCAUGAUGAUGAUGGAUAGACCUUUACAUAAUGAUAUUUUCAGAUGUGUCAAA